AUGUCAUUCUCCUUUGGAUUCUCAGGCGAAGACAUCGACACGAGCCUGUCUCCCGAGGUUCCGGCUCCCGCUGUCCCCGUCGCCGCCGCGGCAGCGGCAAACAGUGCCUUCCCGGUCCAAGGAAAACCCCAGCUCCCGCCAACCCACCACCCGCUCCCAUCGCUGCUAUCUCAGCUCCCCUCCAAGAUAGCCUACUCAAGUCUAGAUGUAAAGAUAGACGGCUCACCGUCUCCUGUGCGCAUCCCCCGUAGAGAGCUGUGGGAUGUGCGCGUGCAGCUGAUGGCCGAGGCCGAGGGCGAGGGGGUGGAGGGACUGGGCGAGCAUGAUGUCAAGACGGGCGUGUACGAGGGUGGAUUCAAGAGUUGGGAGAGCAGCGUCGAUCUGGUCAAGGUUCUUGCCGCGCAGGACAUCUCAUCCACCACAUCGCCCAUGCGUGUCAUCGAGAACCAGCUUGGAUGCGGAACUGCUCUCCCCUCACUCGCCAUAUUCCAAUGGGCCAUAUCCUCCCGCUCACCGGCCAACUCCAAUCCACACCCACUCAGCUUUGUCCUGGCCGACUACAACCCUUCUGUCCUGCAACUCGUCACCCUGCCCAACCUGAUUCUCUGCUGGGCUGUCUCAUGCCGUUCCACGACGCCCGCCCUGUCGGUGGCCUUUUCUGAUGACGGCGACGACGGUAAAGACGGCGGGGAACUCGACCUUGACCCCCCCGUCGUCGAGGCCUUCCAGACUUUCCUGGCCGCCGCCAACAUUCAGCUGUCCUUCGUGUCGGGCUCUUGGUCUCCCGAGUUUGUCCAGAUCAUCUACGGAGAUGACACAGCAGGCAGCAGCGGCAGCAGUGGGACCAGCACGCUCAUCCUGGGUGCAGAGACUAUUUAUUCUCCCUUCGCCCUGCGGGCAUUCACGGAUACCGUGCUCGACAUGCUCCGACGCGAGCGUACCGCCAACGCCCAGGCUUCUGCCCUCGUUGGCGCUAAGCGCCUGUACUUUGGUGUGGGGGGGUCGCUGGAUGACUUCGUUGCUGCUGCUCAGGAGAAGGGUGCUGAUGUCGUCCAGCUCAGCGAGGAGGCUGAGGGUGUGAGGCGAGGGGUUGUCCGAUGCUCGCUGCCCACAUGA